GCUGACCCCCCCACCUUCCCGGUGCCAGGCGUGUUCCGCGAGGCCGUCACCGAGUUCGAGGUGGACGCCCGCGCCGUGGCCAAGGCCGGGGGUCCCCUGCUCAAGGCCCUGGUGUCCAACCCCUCCGGAAACGUCACCGAGACCUUCGUGGAGGACCGCGGUGACGGCACCUACCACGUGGAGUACACGCCCUACGAGGAGGGCCUGCACACGGUGGAUGUGACGUACGGCGGGUCCCCGGUGCCGCUGAGCCCCUUCCGCGUCCCCGUCACCGAGGGCUGUGACCCCGCCCGCGUCCGCGUGCACGGCCCCGGCAUCCAGAGCGGCACCACCAACGUGCCCAACAAAUUCACCGUCGAGACCCGGGGGGCCGGCACGGGGGGAUUGGGCCUGGCCGUGGAGGGGCCCUCGGAAGCCAAAAUGUCCUGCACGGACAACAAGGACGGGAGCUGCUCCGUGGAGUACAUCCCGUACGAGCCCGGGACCUACAGCCUCAACGUCACCUACGGCGGCCACCAGGUCCCCGGUGAGCCCCGGGCAGAGCUGUCGGUCUCGGAGGUGACGGCGCAGGUGACGGGUCCCUCGGGCCAGCCCGUGGCCUCGCAGGUGCUGCCGGGCGCGGGGGGCUCGGUGGGCGUUCGUUUCGUGCCGCAGGAGACCGGAGCUCACCGCGUCAGCGUCAAGGAGCGCGGGCAGCACGUGCCGGGGAGCCCCUUCCAGUUCACCGUGGGACCCCUGGGAGAGGGGGGAGCGCACAAAGUCCGGGCUGGGGGGCCCGGGCUGGAGAGAGCCGAGGCUGGGACCCCCGUGUCCCCCCAGGAGUCGGGGCUCAAGGUUCACCAGCCGGCCUCGUUCGCCGUCAGCCUCAACGGCGCCCGCGGAGCGCUGGACGCCAAAGUUCACAGUCCCUCGGGGGCCCUGGAGGAAUGUCACAUCUCCGAGGUCACCCCAGAUAAAUACGCCGUGCGCUUCAUCCCGCGGGAGAACGGCGUCUACUCCAUCGACGUGAAGUUCGAGGGCUCCCACAUCCCCGGGAGCCCCUUCAAGGUCCGGGUGGGAGAGCCAGGACAGGCCGGGGAUCCGGGCCUGGUCUCGGCCUAUGGGCCCGGCCUGGAGGGCGGCACCACAGGCUCGGCGGCCGAGUUCGUGGUGAACACGUCCAAGGCGGGCCCGGGCGCUCUGGCCGUGACCAUCGAGGGCCCGUCCAAGGUGACCAUGGAGUGCCAGGAGUGUCCCGAGGGCUUCAGGGUCAGCUACACGCCCAUGGCCCCCGGCAGUUACCUCAUCCACAUCAAAUUCGGGGGGCCCCAUCACAUCGUGGGGAGCCCCUUCAAGGCCAAGGUCACCGGUGAGCGCCGGGGCUGGCGGGAAAGGGAUUUGGGGGGAUUUAAAGGG